AUUUAAAAAGGUUCCACAAACUGUUUAUGGUUCAUACUUGACAAUCAUGGCGAGCACGUCGAGGCUUGAGGCGAAUAAGGUGGUGUGCUAUGCCCAUCCAGAUGCACCACUUAUCGAAGAUUACAGGGCUGGGGACAUGAUAUGUUCGGAAUGUGGGCUUGUGGUCGGCGACAGAGUUAUCGAUGUGGGGUCCGAAUGGCGUACAUUCAGCAACGAGAAGUCCGGAGUAGACCCAUCUCGUGUUGGUGGCCCGGAGAAUCCCCUUCUUUCCGGUGGUGACUUGUCAACAAUCAUUGGGCCUGGACGAGGAGAUGCAUCAUUUGACAGUUUCGGAGUAUCAAAAUAUCAGAACAGGAGAAACAUUAGCAGCACGGACAGGGCUCUGAUAAAUGCAUUCAGGGAAAUAAGCACUAUGGCAGACAGAAUAAACUUACCCAAGACUAUUAUUGACAGGGCCAACAAUUUGUUCAAACAGGUGCACGAUGGCAAGAACUUGAAAGGUCGAGCGAAUGAUGCGAUAGCCUCAGCCUGUCUCUACAUAGCUUGUCGCCAAGAAGGAGUACCACGUACAUUCAAAGAAAUCUGUGCUGUCAGCAAAAUCAGCAAGAAGGAAAUAGGAAGGUGUUUCAAACUGAUCUUGAAGGCCCUUGAGACUUCAGUGGAACUUAUCACCACGGCAGACUUCAUGUCUCGUUUCUGCUCAAACUUGGGUCUGCCCAAUUCAGUGCAAAGAGCUGCUACACAUAUCGCAAGGAAAGCCGGAGAGCUGGAUAUUGUGUCCGGACGCAGUCCCAUUUCUGUGGCAGCAGCUGCAAUUUAUAUGGCUUCUCAGGCGUCAGAGGACAAACGCAGCCAGAAGGAAAUUGGAGAUAUAGCCGGUGUGGCUGACGUGACUAUUCGCCAAGCAUACAAACUAAUGUACCCCUUCGCAAGUAAACUGUUCCCAGACGACUUCAAAUUCUCCACGCCCAUCGAGUUUCUGCCUCAAAUGUAGACUCAGGUACCCCAUGUGGCAUCUAAAAAAAAACUAUCAUAAAAAUAUGAUAGUUUCAAGUAUGCACGUCGAAAUAGUGGAUUUUCUGACGCGCUAUAUCAUUUUCCCCCGUAGAUAUACAACUCUGAUUUUGCACUUUUAAGACUAUGUUUUUUGGUCCAAGUGUCGUCUUAAAGUCAAUGGGGUACGAUUCAAUUUUGGUUGAAUUAUUUCUAUUUAUGUAGUACGGCUAUUUCUGAUAGAGUACACAAAAAUAUCUAUGAAAAUAAAAUCGUAAUUUUUCGUGUAAAGAACACGGAGUAUGUAGUCGAUGGAGAGCUUACAACUCAACUCAUAAUUUGAAUUCAGUAAUUUGAUGUUAUUUAGUGUAGUUAAACGUAUUGUCUUUACGAUAAGAACUAUUUUUGCAUAAUUUUUUCGCUGUUUCUGUCUUAUUAUUGAGUAUCAAUUAUGAGUUGUUUAUCAUCUUUAUGAUUCUGUUGUAUAGGUACUUAUUUCUGCUUUAGGAUAAUCACAUUAAAUAUAACCUUUCAUACAUUCAUUACUUCAAUUUUAAUUCUUUAACUAAUUCAUGUAGAUAUGUUAGUUUCAAACUUAAAAUUUCAUACCUUUUAUACAUGUAAAAAUAUUAAUUUGUAGCUAAAAGUAUUUAUUAAAUUCAAUUCAAUUUUAUACACAGACUGAAAAUUCCAAACUUUUAUUAAAUAUAAAAUCAUUGCAUCAUUUAUUGUCCUUCAAAUUCUAAAUUAUUCAUAUCGUAAUUUUAUUUUAUUUAAUUUUCGAAAAUAAUCGUUAUUUUUUCAUUUCGCACUACAAAUCAUCCUCCAUCUUGGUUAUCAAAGAACUGAAGUUGUGUGAUAGAAGAUUGUUCAUUCAUUGUAUCGUUGGAAAACUAACAUUUAGUACAUUACUGGUUUAGUAUACACUUGGUAUAAACAAUGCAGAUGGAAAGACGUGAUGUAUACUGAUAUGAUAGGUGUCUGAUUUCACUGUUCUACGUACAGCACAGAUUAUAUAGACUUUUGUUACUAAUAAUAAUUAUGUAUUGUGCAUACAGCCAAGUUAUUUAGUAUUCAAAUAAGACAAUAAACAUAAUACAGAGACAGUCACUAUGGGUUGGCUAAAUCGGACACUGGUUUUGCACUAAAAACGUACAAUUUCGUACAAUAAUAGAUAUUAUCGCUGUACUACAUAUCAAAUAAGUUGGCUGAAUGUACUUAAAACAGUUUAUUUAGUAGAUAUGACCGUAUGUUGUAAAUAUUAAAACUGAGACAUACUAAUUUAUUAUUAUGUU